AUGAGCAGCACUGAGGCUGAGAAGACCACGAUAGGCAUGAGUGACCUGUUUCACAAAUACUCAGGACUCAAUGACACCAUCGAGAAGGGGGACCCGCUGAAGCUGUUGAAGGAGAAUUUCCCCAACUUCCUCAGUGCCCGUACCAAAAUGGGCACAGAUUACUUGUCCACUGUCUUUGAGAAAAAGGACAAGAAUAAGGACGAGAAGAUUGACUUUUCCUCGUUCCUCUCCUUGCUGGGGGAUAUAGUCACAGACUACCACAAUCAUGGCCACGGAGUGCCACUCUAUUAUGGGAGAUAUUAG